UCAGCGUCCAUAUAGCCAGCAACAGUUGCCGUCCACCCGUCAGCCCAGAGUUGCAGUUGCAUUGCCACUUGGUAGAGCACGUCCGACUGGUACACUUCUUCUCGCCGCCGACAACCUAUUCCGCGUCCACGAGCCGUCCAUCGUACAUUAUUGUACCUGCGCCUGCUCCGAGCACUUUUAAUAUAACAUAUCACGUAUCUUAUAUACAAACAUGUGUAAUACCAACAAUAAUCCUGAGGUUAUAAACAUGAAUAAAACAGUAGCGGAAAAGAAAGACGAAGCAAACGAUAAAAUUUCAAAUGCAUCUGCGCUAAUGCAUAUGAUCAAAUCCACCAUUGGUGGUGGAUUUCUAGCCAUGCCCGAAGCCUUUCAUAACGCUGGACUGUUGGUGGGAACAGUGGGCACGAUGGUUCUUGGAAUGGCCGUCCUAAAUAUGAUGUCCUUCAUCGUUCGUAUCUCUCAGAAAUUGCGAUCCGGUAAAUACGCUGCCGCAAUUUUGGCAGAACAAAAUAAAAAUAAUGAUGGGAUCGAAGGCGGUCAUACCGGACAGCCGAUUGAUAUUAAUAGCAGUGAACUAGUGUUGGAACCAAUGGACUACCCGGACACAGUGGAGGCAGUGUUUAAGUACGGCUCAGGAGGCCGCUUCGCAUCAUGGGCCCCACUUGCCAAAAAGUUGACCACUGUCUCAUUGAUCGUGACUUAUUACGGGGUCAACAUCAUCUACGUGUGCAUCGUGGCGAGCACCACCAAGCAACUGGUCGAUCUUCAUACUAAGGAUUCAGAAAUGGGAACAUGGAGCUAUGCAAUGCACGGUUUGUCAGUCCGCUGGUAUCCAUUGUUUGUAGCGUCCCUGAUCAUCCCCAUGGGAAUGGUUCAGUUGAUAAGAUAUCUUGUACCGUUUUCCAUCAUUGCCAACGGUCUCAUUUCGGCAGGGACCGUCAUACUAUUUUAUUUUAUUUUCACUAAUGACAACGGACGGAACCCUCUAAGCCAAGAAGAACGUGCCAAAUUGGUGGUGUGGCCAAUGACUCGCUGGACGCUGUUCGCGGGAAGUGCUCUCUGCUCGAUGGAGGGCGUCGGAAUGCUGAUGCACAUUGAAAAUUCCAUGAAAAAACCGCGUGAACUCGCCGGACCACCCGGAUACACUCUACACUGGUCAAUGUUGAUAAUUGUAAUACUCAACGGUGCUUUGGGAUUUUUUGGUUAUAUACGUUACGGAGAACGAUGUUUAGGCAGCAUACCGCUUAAUUUACCAUCAGAAAACAGUCUUUCUGAGGGUGUGAAAAUUGUUGUUACCUUGGGAAUAUUAAUGACCUACGGUCUUCAGCUGACCGUCACCGCAGACCUUGUGUGGCAAUGGCUGAAAAGGAAGAACGAUACGAACGUUUUUCCGAGAGCUGGAUCGGCCACACAAGAAGUGUCAGAAAUGAACUAUCAAUAUAAAUUAAUGAGAUUUUCACUGAUCAUCGGAACCGUAAUUGUGGCGACUGUGGUGCCAGAUGUAGGGCCAAUGAUCUCACUCGUUGGCUCUGUUGGUUUUUCAGUCCUUGGUCUAUUAGUACCCGCAGCCUUGGAAACUGUGUGGUACUGGGAGCUGACAAACGAGGAGGACUUUGAAGAAAUGGAUGAUGUCGAAUUGGAGGACGUGAUUGGAUUGGCGUCAGCAGCGGCGCUGACUUCAAGAAAUGAGAAUUCCAAAAUAGCUAAACGGAAAAUCGCCACACGUAGAGCCUUAAGACAUUUUAAAAAUUCUUCAUACGUAAUAUUAGCUUUGUCUGCGUUAGCCGGUGGCACGUUUUAUAAUCUGAGAGAAAUGUUUUCCAUGGCUCCUAACUACACUUAAUAUAAUAUAAAUAUUAUUAAUAUUAUUUUUUUAAAGACUGCUAAUGUACAUAAUAUUUAACAUAACUGUUAUUACACUCGUUGCUGUUUUGAAUUUCCUACGAUGUUGCUCAUAUAUUAUGUCUAUACCGUUAUACCUUUAGCAACUGAUUUGUUUUGCUUGCGUUUUUCGUAAGAUGUUUAGCUAUUAUUUUUAA